AUGAAAGUCUUGUUACGAGCUGCUAGUACAGAGCUCCGAUACACCGCAGCGUGCUCGCGAGCUGCGGUCCAGAUGCUGCUGCGUUGCUGCUGCGUCGCUGCUGCGCUGCUGCUAUGCUGCUGCGUUGCUGCUGCCCUGCCCCUGCUGCUGCCCUGCUGCUGCGUUGCUGCUGCGGCUGCACUUCCAGGGGAGACAGUGGGCUACCACGUGGAAGAGGAAAAGCCGGUGAAGUCCGAGAAGACGCAACUGCUGUUUGUAACUGCUGGAGUGCUGCGGAAGUACAUCUCGGGUGCGCUGCAGCAGCUGCAGCAGCAGCAGCAGCAGCAGCAGAAGCAGCCGCAGGCGGCGGACGAGGGCCCCCCCAGGGGGCAGAGGGCCCCUUGGGAAGGGCAAGAGUGCAGCAGCACGGAGGAUGUCUUUUUUCCAGACUUUUUGCUGCUUGAUGGGGCCCAGGAAAGGACUGCAGACUGCGACUUGUCUUUGCUGCUGGCGAAGCAGCUGGUGUUUAGGGCGACAGCAGCAGCAGCAGCAGCAGGGCAGCAGCAGCCGCCGUUUCGGCUGGUCGUCAUGCUUGCUGCUGCUCGCGUGAACGAAUUUGCUGCCUUUCUUUCAGCAAAAAGCCUCAACUCCUUCCAGGCAGGGCUUUCGGCGGAAGCAGACGAGGCGGCGCUGCAGCAGCUGCUGCUGCCGCUGCAGCAGCUACUGCUGCCUGGCCUGGCGGGCCGCAGGGGAGCCGCAGCAGCAGAGCAGCUCAGGGGCUUGGCCAGCAGCUUGCUGCUGCCUCUUGCUGCGCUGAGGAGCAGCGGCCCCACUCCGCCCGCUGCCGUGGCCGAGGAGCUGCAGCAAGCAGCAGCAGCAGCAACAACAACAACAACAGGCUCCUUCAACUCUAAAGAGGUCUUGAGCAGCAACUUCUUGCUGCUUCCGGGGAAUCCCACUUUCGCAGUUGAAGAACUGUUCUGGGGAGGCCCUCUAAAGCUGCUGUCCAGCUUGCCUGCAACUGCAGCAGCAGCAGACCUCUGCGCUGCUGCUAGUCCUGCGCUGCUGCGCUGCAUGGGCCUGGGGGCGGCCAGCAGCAGCAGCAGCAGCAGCAGUAGCGGCAGCAGCCGCAGCAGUAACAGCAGCAGCAGCGGCAGCUCGCCCAAGGCCCGCAGCUGGCAAACCGGAUUCCACGGCAGUUCCUGCCUCCGCUUUAAAAGUGGGAAGGGGCAGCAGCAGCAGCAGCAGCAGCAGCAAAACUGCAGCAGCGACAGAUUUGAAAUGCCGCAGCUUCACCGUGGGCGCCUCCAGAGAGCAGCAAAUCUGCUGCUCCUCAUCCACGUGCAAUGUUUGCUGCGUGGGGCCCCACAGCCAGCCGUGCUGGUUUUCCUGCCGGGUAGGUGCUGCUGCUGCUCUCGGGCCAGCAGCAGCAGCAGACUCCUGCUUGCUGCCUCCGUUGACGGUGCAGGCAAGCCCGAGAUCGCAGAGAUGGCGCGGGCGCUGCAGCAGGCCGAGGCUGCAGCAGCAUCAGCGCUGCAGCAGCAUUUUGGGGGCCGCCCAGGGAGCUGCUGCUGCUGCUGCUGCUGCAGCACCGCAGGGGCAGCCGGCCCUUCCCCCACUGCGGUCGAGCCCUUGCAGGAAGCAGCGCAGCAGCAGCUGCAGCUGCAGGUGCUGCAGCUGCACCGCGACGCCCCCAUAGAAUGCUUCACGCGGACCCAAAGCCAGCUGUCCAGCAGCAGCAGCAGCAGCAGCAGCAGCAUGAGCAGCAGGAUGAGAGUCAUUUUGGCCACGGACUUCGACGAAAGCAGCUUCCAUUUCGCCGGAGUCCAAAUUGUGUUCGACUUUGCCCUCGUCAGGGAGAAGUGCCUCAAAGAACCUAGCAAGACUUGCUGCUACGAGCUGCGGUGGGCGAGCCGCGCCGUGCUGGCGCAGCGCAAGGAAAUAGCAGGCCAGGCCGGGGAAGGGGUCUACAUUUGCUUCAUUUCGCAGCAGCUGUACAGGUCUCUGGAGUCUUUUUCUUUGCCGGAGUUGCAGCGGCUUCCUUUGGAGAAGGUUAUUUUGAAUCUCGUGGCCGAUCUUCCGGAAAAAAACACCAAAAGUGCCUUUUUUUGCCUCGCAAAUGCUCCAAAUCCGCCUGACGCAUGCAAAACCCUCGAAACUAUUUGCAAUUUGGAAGCAGCCGGCGCUCUUGAGCUCGGAUCGCCGUCUUUUCCGUUUUCGCGUUUGACUUCUCUGGGCCACGUGGCUCUGCUUCUGGCUUUGCCAGUAAAUGCUGCUCGCCUGGUUCUUUUUUCUGCAGCAUUUGGAGUUUUGCCUGCGGGAUUGUGGGCUGCUGCGCUGCUGCUUAGCAGCAGACCCACAGUUUUCGAACUCCACCGUGAGACUCCGCGCUCCGCAGCCCCUCCUGUGCGGCUGCUUUGCUGCAGCAGCUCUGCUGCUGCCCUCCCAGAAGCUUGCUGCAGAGGGGUGCAGCUUGUGGCUUCUGCUUGCGGCUUUCUGUGGGGUGAUAAUGUUGCUUCUGCAGCAAGAGGCGGCAAGUCUGGCGCGCUUUCUGACUUGGAAGUUUUGCGAAGAGUUGCAGCUCGUUCCAAAAGGCUUGCUGCUGCGGGCUGCAGCAGCAGCAGCAGCAGCAGCAGCAGCCUCUUUCCCAGGGCUGCUGAGGCGGCCCAGCCAAGGCGCAGCAGCUCUGGCCUAGCGCCCGAGCUCCGGGGCCCUCCCCGGGGCUCAACAGGACCCCCACCCGCUGCUGCUGUUGCAGCUGCCGCUGCUGCUGCUGCUGAGUCCGCCAGCAGCUCCAGCAGCUGCAUCUGGGGACAAGCCAUUCCGUGCGACAUCUGCGUGGACGUCGUCGCGCUGCUGCUGCUGCACCGCCACCAUGGGAAGCGCCUGAAGCUGCUGCUGCAGAGCCGCUGCGCCGCAGCGCAGCACCAGAAAACACAGCAGCAGCAGCAGCAGCGAGGCAGGAGGCGGCAGCCGUUUUGCACGGAAAUGAAGCUGCUGGAGCUGGAUCUGGAGGAGCGCGGCGUGUCAGUGCCAGGAGUAGCUGAAGUGGCAUUUCAUUACUUCGCCUUAUCCAAAAAGCUGCUGCAGUCGGGCCUUUUGCCUUUCCCGGGGGCCUCCAGAGCAAUUCCGGACUCCCUGAGGGGGCGCAGGGCCCCCCCGGCUGCAGCCGGGGACCCCGAGAAAGCCUGGGGCCCCCUGGGGGCCCCGGGACCCCCGGGCGGGCCCCCGAGGGGGCCCCUGGGGGGGCCCCCUGGGGGGCCCCUGGGGGCCCCGGGGGCCGUGGAGGGGCUUGUGUGGCGGCUGCAGCUGGCCGUGGGUGCUGCUUGCAUGCCUUUUGGCUUUGCGAAGUGCGAAGACUGCCCGCCGCUCAGUUUUCCGGAUUCGGGGCUGCGGGCCAAUUCGCAUUUCGCCUUCAAUGUUUUGUGCCUCGAGGCGUUUCGAGAGCGGCCCGAACUGCGGUGCCGCGCGGCGGUUCUCGAAGCUGCGGCGCAGCGCGCAGAAGCAGCAGCAGCAGCAGCAGCAGCAGCGGCAGCAGCAGCGGCGGCGGCGGAGGCCCCGCCCCCUGGCGGCUGCGCCAAAGAGGAAAGCAGGCUGGCGGAGGGUGUCUUCGCAGCAGCAGAAACCACUGAAGCAGCAGCAGCAGAGACCACUGGAGCCCCGGAAGCAAGGACCAGGGGACCACCAGCAGCAGCAGGGACCAGCGGAGCAGCAGCAGCAGCCGCAGGGACCCGUGAACCACCACCACCACCAGCAGGGACCAGGGGCCCCGCAGCAGCAGCAGCAGGGACCAGUGGCCCCGCAGCAGCAGCAGAGGCCCGCGGGCCAGCGAGGAAGCGUCCUCGGGCGGUGCAAAGCGUUGCUGCUGCAGCAGCAAAAGCCCGGGGGGGGCCCCGGGGGGGCCCCCCUGGAGUGUGGGGCCCCGGGUGUCUGUGCAGCUUGGCAUUUGCUGAAGGCUCUUCGGAAGCGCCUUCUCUUCGCCAGGGCCAUUUGGAAGAAGAGGCGCAGCUGCUGCUGGGGACUGCAGCAGCGGCGCACGAGCAGCGGUGGUCUCAGUGGUAUUUCGCGAGGGAGGCGCAGCUGCUGCUGCGCUGCAGCAGCAGCCUGCGCUCCCGCCUGCUGCUUGCUGCUGCGCUGCUCCAGCAGGCCGCCCCCAAGCCUCUGCUGCCAGCAGCGCAGCAGCCGCAGCUUCUGGUCAGCAGCUCUUUCGGGACUUGGAUGCUUCAGCAGCAGCAAACGCAUGCAAAGCUUCUGCAAGAAUUCAGCAGCCUGCAGGCCCGCCUGGAGGCCUGCGGGCUGCUGGUGGGGCCCCCCAGCAGCAGCGCGGGGGCCCCGGGCCCGGGGGGCCCCACUGGGGGCCUCCCAGGCAGCGAAAAGGGGGCCCCGGUGCUGCAGCAGGAGCUGCUGCGCGCUGCGGAGGCGCUGGAUGCUUUUGCUGCUAAGCUGCUUCUGUUCUGGGGGCCCCCUGGGGGCCCCGGGGGGCCCCCUGGGGGCCAGGAGGUGCCAGAGGCGCAAGAUGAGGGCUUUUGCUGCAGCCCUUGGAGCCGUUUCUUGAGGGCCUUGUUGGCCACAGACGUAGAGAACAGGAGCCGUACACCCCAGCAGCAGCAGCAGCAGCAGCAGCAGCAGCAGCAGCAGCAGCAGCCCAGCACGGCGCGCGUUUUCAAGAUAUCAGAGCAGUCUGUGCUGCACAGCAACGGCCCCUUUUACCCAGAAAGCUACUCGCGGGAGUUUCUGCUGCUGAGCCUCAAAGAGUGGAGCCCAGAGGCAGGCUAUUCCAGCGGGAUUUCAGAAGUUGAGGCAGCUUCGUUGCUGCUGCCGCUGCAGCAUUUGGAGGAGCUUCUUCUUUUGCUGCUGUCGCCGGCGGUCUGUGUCUUCUUGGGGAAGAGCUGUUUGUGCUGCUGCUGCAGCUGCUGCCCCUGCAACCCCGCGGCGAAGCAGCAGCUGCAGAACAGCGCCGGGGGUAGCGGCUGCUGCAGCAGCAGCUCCAGCGCUGCCGGGCGAGGCCCCCCCAGCAGUGCUGCAGCAGCAGCAAAAGCAAGUUCUUGCUGCUGCUUCUGCCUGAGAGGCGCAGUCUGCUACGCCGUGGUGUCCUUUGGGGGCUUUCGGGAGUUCGGCUGGGUGCCCCGGUUUCUGUGGAAAGCAGAAGAGCUGGAGCUGCUGAAGGCAGCCCGAGCAGCAAUUGCUGCUGCCUUCAAUCUCCCGAAUCUUCGCAGCAGCAGGGGCGUGGCUGCUGGCAGCAAGGAGCGCCCAGCUGCUGCUGCAGGAAGCAACAGCAAGGACUUGGGCGCUCGCUGGAAAGCGGGGGAAAGCAGCGGAAGCGAAGCUGCAAGUGAGGCGGAAGCUUUUCAAAAUAAUGAAGAAGAGGCGAAUGGGGAGUGGGGGCAAGCUGGAGAGGCUGCUGCUGGUUCAGAUUUCGACGGUUUGCUGCAGCAGCUGCUGCGCCCCAAGACCCGGCUGCAGCACAAGCAGCAGCUAGCAGCCACCACGGCCUCUGCGCCUCUCCGAGAAAGAAAAAUAAACCCAAAAGAGAGCCAAAGAGAACAGACUCAGCCGCAGUUUCCGGGCCCGCGGCCCCCGGGCGACGCUGCCCGCUGCUGGGCUGCGCUGGAUCUUGCAAAGCAGCAAGAAAGGCAGCAAGAGGGGCCCCCAGGGGUUUUGCUUCGCUUGAGGACUUUUGACUUGGAAGGCAACGAAGUGGGGGCCCCCCAGGAGGCACUGACACCAGCCAGCGGCGGAGUUCAAGUUCCGGGAGGGGGAGGCGAGAAGCAGCAAAAAAGGCGAAAGAGAGCAGCAGCUGCUGCUGCUUCUUCUGCUGCAGAUCCUCUCGCGGCUUCCAUUGCAGAUGCGCUGCAGCAGCAGCAGGCCCCACAAGCGCCCAAGACGGCCACUCUGCCGGAGGGAGCUGGCCCCAGCAUGUGGGGGCUGCCUGCUUCCUGUUUGCUGCUGCUGCAGCGCCCGCAGCUGCCUGCGCUUUCCUCACUGCAGCAAGAGGCUGCCUGGAGACGCCUGCCUGCAGCAGCACUGCCUUGCUGGGCGAGGAAGCUGCUGCUGCAGUGCGCCAACAGCUGCUGCAGAGUUCCGCUAGGGCUGGUUGGGGACCUGCAGCAAAUUUCUGCUGCUCGCCUGCCCCCGGAGGCUUCCCCGUGGGCCAAACUGGCUUUCAAGUACAUUUUUGAAGAGCUGCGGGCCCCAGCAGAAGCAGCAGCAGCAGAUCUUCCCUCGGGGAAGUCUGCUGCAGCAAGAAAAGGCUCCGCCGGCUUGCAGGAGGCGCUGCUGCAGUGGCUGGAGGAGGCGGAAGUGCUGCGGCCCGCUGCAGCAGCAGAGAUCCGGAAAGACACAAAAAAGACACAAGAGCCCGAGCUGUGGGUGCUGGACUCCAGCAAGAUCGGGCAGAAGCUGCAGAGGGAGUGCGAGACGUGCUGGGCGGAGGGGGAGCGCGCUGCAGCUGCUGCAGCAGGAAGCUGCUGCAGCAGCUGGCCGUGUGUGAUCAGCUGCUGCUUCUGCUGCCAGCUAGUGCCGCUGCUGGACGACGAGGAAACUUCGCUGGCGAAGCUGCGGCUGGAAAGCCGGCUGCUGCUGACCCCCUCAAGCCUGGCCCUUGUGUACGGCUACUUGCAGCCGCUGCUGCGGACUCGGCAGCGGCUGAAGCUGCUGCUGCUGAGGAAGCAAGAAGAGGUUUCGGCGUUUGGGAAAAGCGCAGCAACUCUGGCGCAGCAGAACCGCCUGAAGCAGCAGCAGAGCCACUUGGUGGACAAAUUCAUUUGCUGGGUUCUCUGCGGCGGCCCCGUGCGGCACAUCGUGGGCUUCAGCGUUUUCAACUUCCGCGUCUUCCCGCCCGACUCCCUCGUAGACAUUGCAGGACACACUGACUCCCAGCGAGUUUUCUUUUGGCGGCUCUUUUCUGCAAAUUCUUUCCCGCGAAGUCCUCAGGACUUCCCAGAAGCGCCGCCCGCGGGGCCGCUGCUUUCCUUCCGGGCCGCGCUGGAGUUGGGUCGAAACGAAAGCGCGGGCGAAAGCUUUCUCUCCGGCGCACCUGAGGAGUUUGAAUCGACGAAAAGGUUUUUUGCUGCCGCGAAAUACAUCCACAACUACGAAAAGGAGGUUCUCGAAGAAGACUUGAACACUUCGUUCAAGUUCGCCCAACACCUGGCCGACUUGCUUGCGAGGCGCUGCCGCUGGAUGGCCCAGCAGCCCCACCUGCGGGACUUGGAAGUGCAGCAGCAGUUCUUCCUCGAAUUUUGGGACGCCAGCAGUUUGGCCGGGGAGGAAAGCAGUUUGCUGCGGCAGCAGCAGCGGCGGCAGCAGCAGCAGGGGCACUCGCGGCGCCCUCUGCGUGCGGAAUUCGAAGGCUCCGCGCCGGCAAAAGGCCAAGUAAAUCUGAAUAAGUUCAUGCAAACUUUGCUGCGGCCUGAGUCGCCCCACCUGCGGAAAGCCCUGGUCCCGGGCGACCUGUUUGACUGGCAGGCGCGGCUGCUGCAGCAGCAGCGGGAAGCACUUCGCCAAGAAAUGGAAGCUGCUCUUUCUUCGCUGCCUGAAGAGUGGAUUGAUGGAAACUGGACUUUAAGUCGGGCUCUGGAGGAACAGGCGACUCGCUGGCGCUGGGCAGCAGAUGCUGCAGACCUGCAGCAGCAGCGGGAAGCAGACCGAGCUGCGCGCGAGCAGCAGCAAGCCUGGGAAAAGGAAUAUAAGUCUAGGGAGCUCAAAGAGCGAAGAAGACAACUCGAAAGAGAGGCCCUGCAGCCUCCAAACCUCCACGACUUCUUUUUUUCUUGA